CUUGCUAUGAGUCAUUCGUUGGAAGGCAGAGUCGGGGAUACCGCGCCUGUCUGCCGGCUGCUUGCUAGACGCACUCCGCUCACCGUGCUGCGCUUUUCACGAAAUAUCUUGUGUUAACAUAAUAAUAACAUAUAUUAGUGUUAAAUAUGUGUGUGAAUAAAAAACGCAGAAGAUUUAAUUAAAAAUUCUUCUUAAAAAUAUUUGUAAAUAUUUUUGUGUUUCCGAAGUUGGAUAUCAUGAUAACAACCAUGACGUCAUUCAUAUUAUUAAAGACAAACUCUUUUUUGUUGAGAAUGAACAGAGAAGAUAAUGUUAACUGGUUUCAUGGGAAAAUAUCUCGGGACACGGCUGAGAAGCUCUUAAAAGAAGAAGGAGAGGAUGGUGUGUUUCUAGUGCGUGAAAGUAAUACUUCCCCUGGAGAUUAUGUUCUCUCAGUCUUACAUCAGGGGGAAGUUGUACAUUAUCAAAUUCGAAGACAUGGUGAAGAUGCAUUCUUUUCGAUUGAAGAGCACACAACAGUUCAUGGACUGGACACACUCAUACAACAUUACCGAGGAGAUUCCAACGGACUGGUUACCCGACUAUCUGUGGUGUGCAAAGGACAGCCACCACCUCACGAAUCUCGCACUCAGGGCACCACCAACCUAUUACACCGGGCCACAGAAGCCGGUGAUUUCAAUGUAGUAUCUCAAUUACUAGCGUGUGGUUACCGCAACCGCGAUGCUAAGAACCAAGAUGGCCAGACAGCCGUACAUAUCGCAGCAAGGUCUGGCAGAGACAGUAUACUUGCCAAGCUCAUUGAGAGUGGAGCCACUGUUAAUGUUAGAGACUCCUUUGGAUAUACACCUUUACAUUAUACAUGCCAGAAUAACUUGCCAAGUACCACGGAGCUGUUGAUAACUAAGGGUAACGCUAACUACCAGAUGAGACACGCGCCUACAGGCAAGGUGCCUCUACACGACGCGGCGCAGAGAGGGCACAUUGAAUGCAUCAAAGUUCUUCUGAAGCUCAAAGCCCCAGCGCACGCGAGGACUCUGGCACACGACACACCAGCUGACCUAGCCAAACAUUACGGACAUACGGAAUGUUAUCAGUUACUGAAAAACCACCAACCUGAGGUGCCAAAAACAUCGAAAAAGUUGUGGUACCACGGCACCCUGAAUAGAGAGGAAGCUGUGAAGACAUUGGAGGAGUACUGCAAGCAUCACAAGGUUGAAGGCAAGGCUUCUGAUGGCGUCUUCCUCGUGCGAUACAGCGAGAGGCAUACUGGAGCCUACGUGCUCACGAUGCUUAGCGAAAAUACACCAUAUAACUUUAUCAUUAGGAAAGAAGCAAACUGGUUGUUUAUUGAUGACGGACCUUACUUAGAAUCUCUUGAGCGACUGAUUGAGCAUUACAGUACGGUGCCAGACGGUCUGCCUACUCGCCUUACCACCGCCGUGCCGCCCAAACCUAAACCGCCUCUACCUGAAUUCUCUACGAUGCCACGGACGAAAAAGCUAGCAUCGAGUCGGGCCGCCAUGUCUAACCAGUCGCUCUCUUUAGUGAAGCACGACAUACUGAGCGACAAGCAAAUGUCGGCACAAACGUCCCCGCCCACCUCCAUACAGUCCAACAACAACAUGUUCGAACUACUCACCAGGAACUUGUCGUUCUCGUCGGACUUCAACAACGAUAGUAUUAACAACAACGAAGAUCCUUUAGACGACAAUGACACUUAUAAAGUGCCUGCCAACAACAGCGCCGUUGUUACUUUAGCUGAAAAUUACAAUGAAAUAUCUAUUAACUCUGAUGGCCAGCUUUCCACACUGCAAGAAUUUAUCCCAAUGAGCGAGCUGACACUGGGCGCGGUGCUUGGUGAGGGCGAGUUUGGUUCAGUACUGCGAGCGACGUACAGCCCGGCGGACCAGCCGGCACAGCCCGUGGCAGUGAAGACUUUGCACAUGCAACAUACUGAUACCAACAAGAAGGAGUUCCUCUCUGAAGCCAAAGUCAUGAUGUCCGUGCGACACCGCUGCAUUGUCAGACUCAUUGGGGUCUCCUUGGGUCCACCGUUAGCCAUGGUACAAGAGUUAGUACCUUUAGGUUCUUUACUCGAGUACCUCGUACGACACCCAGACAAAGCGUCGCCAGGAUAUGAACUGCGACUGUGGGCGUGUCAAGUGGCGGCCGGUAUGCGGUACUUGGAGAGACGGCGCUUUGUACACCGUGACUUAGCUGCGAGGAACAUUCUGCUGGCUAGCAGACAUCAAGCUAAAAUAAGUGACUUUGGGCUAUCAAGAGCUCUGUCGACUGAUAGUUCGUAUUACAAGGCGAGUCGCGGCGGCAAAUGGCCCAUCAAGUGGUACGCGCCGGAGUCGUACAACUACGGCACGUUCAGCCACGCCAGCGACGUCUGGAGCUACGGCAUCACGCUCUGGGAGAUGUUCUCCUACGGGAAGCAGCCUUACGGGGAUAUGAGGGGCAUUGAGGCUAUACAAAUAGUGGAAAGUGGAAAACGUUUGGAAAGGCCAAAGGACUGUCCUGAUGAAAUAUACCAAGUGAUGCUUGACUGCUGGGCGUAUAACCCAGACGUGAGGCCUAGCUUCAGUCAACUAGUCGACGUGUUCUCACAGCAUCCUGACUACGUCAACAUUAGCCAACUAGCGCUGGAGAACGAAGACGCUAAUGUUUAAGAAAGAAGCACUCUAAUUAAAUGUAUUUAAUUUAUGUUAAUGUUAGGGUACAGACUGACAUUUUGAGCUACUUCAA